CUCGCCGUGAAGGUUCUAUAUUCACAAGGUGUCGGCUCCGUGUGAUCUGUACCCCGGAUAGAGAGGAGAGGAGAUGUCGGUGAUGAUCGGGCGGUGUGUGACAGGUCUCCUGUGUUUCUUCUUCUGCCCGAUGCUGACACGGGGAACGGUGUAUAUACGGAGCGGAUCGGAGAUCAGUGACUGUAAUAUGACGUGUCCUGAGGAUGAAGGGGUGCUGGAGCUGUACAGGAAGUGCGGAGGAGUAGAAGGCACUCUGCUGGAGUUGUACUGUGAAGAUCAGCACACCAAAAACAAUGACAAGUCCAGACUUCACCUGCACACAGGGAGCGGUUGCUGGAAGCUGACCCAGGCUGAGAGGAGAGACUCCUGUGUGUACAUUACAGAAUUCCACAGCGACCCAACAAGACAACUCUCCUCUACAGAGAUCCGUGUUCUGGAUCCGGUUCUCAUCUCCAACAUCACCAGUAACUGUAGCCGGCUGGGUGAGGAGACGGCGGUGAGCGUCCAGUUCUCUGGAGAAGAGAGCGCUGUGACCUGGGAGGUGGACGGGGAGCCUCUCUCUGAAAGAUACCGGCUGAUAGAUGACAAUAGGACUCUGAUUAUCCCCGGUGUGCAGAGAGACGACGCCGAGAGGAGAUUCCGGGUCAGGAUCACAAACCCGGUCAGUGAGGAGAUCCGGGAAUACCGGCUGAUCAAUGAUACGAUGUUUAUCAGAAUGCUGGAAACAAAAGGUUCUGAUUCAUAUGGAAGGACAAGAGGGGGUCUGAUUGCUGGAUUAGUGUUGGUCCUAGUGGUCGUGUUCUGCAUUAUAGGAUGGAUUCUCAGAGGGAGGAGUAACGUGAUUCGGAAAGACUCAGAGAAUGGAUGGUUGGCCGCUGUCACCCAGAAUGGAUCGGAGAACAUUAUUGGGGAUACCAAUGCUGGAAGAGACGGAGGAGAUCCAAAUGCACAGUGUCCCCGGAUCUGUCACCAUGCCAGGAUUUCAGAGCCUCCCAUACAUUGUCUAUAAUGGGGACACUUCAGAUGACCGGGCCAUGAAUACACACAACUGAUCUAUGACCUCAGAUCAACACCUGGGAUACAUCUUUAUCAUCUACAGUUAUUAGCAGCACAUCACAUUAUAGAUUAUGAUUUUAGGAGAUGCAAUGGAGAAAAACAAAAUGUGACAUUCAAUGUGUUUCCAGUCUUGGCUCCGCCUCUCCUCGCUAUAGGAUUUCUAUUAUCUGUCGCACUUUUAUCUCUGCACUUUCUGUGUGUUGUAUGUCUUCCAAAGUUCCUGUAGGUGUCGCUGUGGGGUUGAUUUUCUAAAACCGGAGAGUGCAAUAGCUGGCGCAGCUCUGCAUGGGAACCAAUCAGCUUCCAGG